AAAGCAAAAACAAAAGGCAUCGUCUCCCUGUGUCUCUCGUUGACGCAAAGCAGAAGCUUGAGCAUAGGUCGGCAAAAGACAGCCAAGCCCGAGGGAGAACGAAGAAUCUCAAAAAUCGAAUCCAAAAUAAAUCAAACCUCUUUCUGCUUUCUUUUUGUUUCCUCUGCUUUACCGAAAUCACACGUCGUUGUUAUUCCUCCCUCCAUCCCUCUCGCUUUUCCGCACAUAUUGUUAUUAGUAGAUUUUGAGAGGUUGAAUUUUGAUUGGGUAUGGCAACAGAGACAUCUAAAGAUGAAUUAUUGCAGCUAGUCAAGAGAUUUAGUGCUUAUUUGACCGUCAAGAUGUCAAAUCUCUUCUCCUUUAAUACCCCGGAUUCACGAUCAGUUGGGGCCGUUGCGGGGCUUGCUGUUGCCAUAGUCUUUACAUGGAGGUGGUUGAGGUCAAAUAGUGGACCUCAAAGAAGGCAGCCGAAACGACAAGCUCCUACGACUAGUAGUUCUGUUGUGACUACUCAACCCAAUGCAGUGUCGAUACCUUCUGGGGGUGUUUGUUCAUCUUCGGAGGAUUUGAGAGUGCAGAAUGUUGUUGAUGAGUUCUUUCAAACAGUAAAACCAUCUUUGGGGCAAAUAGUUAGGCAAAAAUUGAGCGAAGGAAGAAAGGUCACAUGUCGUUUGCUUGGCGUAAUCCUUGAGGAAAGCAGUCCAGAGGAGCUUCAGGGGCAGAGUCAGGCAACUGUUAGGUCCUCUGUGCUAGAAGUGCUGUUAGAAAUCACGAAAUUUUGUGAUGUUUAUCUCAUGGAAAGAGUUCUUGAUGAUGAGAGCGAACAAAAGGUUCUCGCAGCUUUGGAAAAUGCAGGAGUUUUUACAUCUGGUGGUUUGGUUAAAGACAAGGUUCUCUUUUGUAGCACAGAAACUGGACGGUCAUCUUUUGUACGACAACUAGAACCAGAUUGGCAUAUUGACACUAAUCCUGAAGUCAUUUUUCAGUUAGCUAGAUUUAUCAAAUAUCAGCUUCAAAUUUCUCCUAUUAGACCUGAACGGACCGCUGCAAAUGUGCUCAGUUCUCCAUCCUUGGAACAGUUCUUCGGAUCAACCUGAUGCAUCAACCCAUAAAAUGUGAAAAUAGAAUUUAGGAGUUAAAAUAGCUUGUUCUUUUUGUUCCAACUGAUCACAGCUUCACAUUUACGGGCAACUUCCACUAGUUGCUGGUCUUCUGAUGAAGGGUUGUUGUGCCAUGUAAUCCUCCACUAUCUCAAGCUCAAAGCUAUGUUUGUUUGAAAAUUUGUACAUUAGGGCGGUCAGAUUUGAAUUUGCCGCAACUGGAUAUUUGACAUGAUGGCUAUCGAUGUCAAUAAUUUAUCAGUUAAAAGAUAUUCAAUCAUUUGCAAUAA